GAGCGCAUGCGUAAUAAGGGUAGGAACUUGUCAGACGAGAGGAGGAGUUACUUCAGCGAGAGCCAAAGCACCGGCGACAAGAGAUGGAAAGUUCAUUUAUGGAUGAUGAAGAGGAUUGCCCUGAAUUGAUUCCCAUAAAGGAGCCAGCAAUAAAGGAUAAUGUAGAAGGCAUUCAACCUAGCAAGAUUCCUGUUACUAUCAUCUCAGGAUAUUUAGGUGCUGGGAAAACUACUCUUCUUAAUUACAUUUUGACUGAACAACAUAGCAAGAGAAUAGCAGUUAUUUUAAAUGAAUUUGGUGAAGGUAGUGCAUUGGAAAAAUCUUUGGCUAUAAGUCAAGGUGGAGAACUCUAUGAAGAAUGGCUGGAGCUCAGAAAUGGCUGUCUUUGUUGUUCAGUAAAGUAA